AUGGCGAAGCCAACGCGAGGUCGCCCUUCAUCGCGGUCAGGCUCCGGCUCCGGCUCCUCUUCUCGCUCCCGUUCUCGCUCCUAUUCCGGUUCAGAUUCUCGCUCCAGCUCGCGCUCUCGCUCAUUGUCCCGUUCCAGAUCUCUGUCUCGCUCUCCUCGUUCGCGGUCCAUAUCUUCCACUUCCUCCUCUCCGUCUCGCAGUGCCAGUUCUGGCAGCCGCAGCCCUCCUCCUCCCCGCAAAAUUCCUGCCGAAGGAGUCAGGCGAGGUAGGUCUCCCCCACCACCAUCUAGAAAGGUUUCUCCUCCUCCAAGGAAAGCUUCACCAAUUCGUGAGUCUCUUGUUCUUCACAUUGACUCACUGACCAGGAACGUGAAUGAGGGUCAUCUAAGAGAAAUAUUUAGUAACUUCGGUGAAGUUGUUCAUGUGGAGCUGGCAAUGGAUCGCACUGUUAAUCUUCCAAAAGGAUUUGGAUACGUUGAGUUUAAGACUAGAGCUGAUGCUGAAAAGGCCCUGGUAUACAUGGAUGGGGCGCAAAUUGAUGGCAAUGUUGUUCGUGCAAAGUUUACCUUACCUCCACGACAGAAGCUUUCACCACCCUCUAAGCCAAUUGCCGCUGCUCAAAAGAGAGAUGCACCAAAAACUGAUAAUGCCAGUGCAGACAUUGAGAAGGAUGGACCCAAAAGGCAAAGAGAACCUUCUCCCCAUCGAAAACCUCUGGCUUCGCCUCGGAGAAGAUCGCCUGUUGGUCGAAGGGGUGGAUCUCCCAGACGUCUGCUGGAUUCUCCUCCACAUAGACGUGGAGAUUCUCCUGUUCGUCGCCGAGUAGACUCUCCUUUUCGUCGUGGUGAGACUCCUCCAAGGCGGAGACCUGCAUCUCCAGCCAGAGGUCGUUCUCCAUCCUCUCCUCCAAGGCGAUAUAGGUCCCCAAUAAGGCCCUCACCCCGAAGGAUGCGUGGUAGUCCUGUUCGUAGACGUUCUCCUCCUCCAAGGCGACGCUCACCUCCUAGACGAGCUCGUAGUCCUCUAAGAAGGUCUCCACUUCGAAGACGCAGCCGAUCUCCAAUUCGUCGGCCUGCUCGCUCUCGCUCAAGGUCAAUCUCGCCACGAAGAGGCCGUGCACCAGCUGCAAGACGUGGGAGGUCUUCAUCAUACUCUGGAUCACCUAGUCCACGCAAGGUCACCCGCAAGAUAUCAAGGAGUCGCAGUCCUAGAAGGUGA